AUGGACCCACAAGCUCCCCCAGAAAAGAGGUUAACCAUUCAUGAUGAUGGUAUCAUGUGGCCCAACUGGUUCAACCAGGCACAACCCACUUCUCUGUGUAAUGAGAAUUGUCAUGUAGGUUAUAGAAAGAACAAGAAGGAAGGAAAGCCAUUCUGCUGCUAUGAUUGCCUUCCGUGUCCAGAAGGGAAGAUCUCAAACAAGGAGGACAUGGACGACUGUUCAGAAUGCCCUGGAGAUCAAUAUGCAAACAAUAAACAGGAUGGCUGCCUCCCCAAAGACAAAACAUUCUUGUCUUAUGGAGAACCGUUGGGGAUCAGUUUGGCCACGUUUGCCCUCUUCUUUUCCUGCAUCACAGCAUUGGUGCUUCAAAUAUUCACAAAGCACAGAGAUACUCCCAUAGUUAAAGCCAACAACCGCAACCUCACUUAUAUUCUCCUCCUUUUCCUCCUGCUCUCCUUCCUUUGUGCUCUGCUCUUCAUUGGCCAGCCUGAGGAAGUCACCUGCCUCCUUCGACAAACUGCUUUUGGCAUGAUCUUUUCAGUGGCAAUUUCUUGCAUAUUGGCCAAAACUGCCAUUGUGGUUCUAGCUUUCAUGGCCACCAAGCCAGGGUCCCGAAUGAGGAAGUGGGUAGGGAAGCCACUGGGCACCCCAAUUGUUCUUUCCUGCUCCCUUAUUCAAGCCACAAUCUGUAGCAUAUGGCUGGCAACUUCUCCUCCUUUCCCAGACGUUGACAUGCACUCAAUGACUGAAGAAAUAAUACUAGAAUGUAGUGAAGGUUCCACUAUCAUGUUUUAUUGUGUCCUGGGAUUCAUGGGUUUACUGGCCAUAGUCAGCUUCACGGUGGCUUUCCUAGCUAGAAAGUUGCCUGACAGUUUCAAUGAAGCCAAAUUCAUCACCUUCAGCAUGUUGGUCUUUUGCAGUGUGUGGUUGUCCUUUGUUCCAUCCUACUUGAGCACCAAGGGGAAAUAUAUGGUGGCUGUGGAGAUCUUCUCCAUCUUGGCCUCCAGUUUUGGGUUACUGGGUUGCAUCUUUACCCCCAAAUGCUAUGUUAUUUUACUGAGGCCUGAGCUGAACAGCAGAGAGCAGCUAAUAAGAAGACAGUUUUAA